AUGGCAGCCUGCAAACCACUUGGAUCUGGUGAAGAAUGCAGCUUUGUGGAUAAAGAUGAAAUCUGGAAAGUUCAUGUCAAAAUAGAGCUUCAGUCAGCCAAAGCCUGGCCCAAUAAAUGGGGAUUCUUGACCAAGUCCUACAAGGAGAUGCAGGAGGAGAGCAACAAGCUGAAAGACAUUGUCAAAUUGGAGCUUCCCCAACAUCUUAAAACACGACCCCCUACCCCACCUGAGAAAUAUAUCCAAGUGGGACCCUCUCCCCCAGUUCCCCAGACCACCCAGGCUCAGAUUGGUUGGCGCUCGACAGUGCCAGAGUUGCAGUUGGAGCGCUACGGAAAGGUCCAGUGUGGGAAGAAGAGCUUCCUGAAGGAGCUGGGCUGGGCCUUCGAUGCCUGCAGCUGAAAAAAAAACUCUUCUGCCAUGACACCUACCUCCUAGGCCUUGGCGAUGCCGUGCACAGACUCAAUAUUGAUGACUACUCAAUAUAUGACUUUCCCUUAUCCCCUGCUCUUUUUUGUCUUUGUCCUCCUCGCUUCCUGCUUU